GGACUUAUGGCGUUAUCCAUUCUUUCAUAGCAUUUACAUUCCCUUACUGGAAGUGGAAGGAGAUCAUCUGGACUUAUCUGUCAGCUGUUUUAUAUUGAUUGGCAAAGCUGUGUGGCAGUCUCUUUGAUACACUUGAUAUUAGGGUGCCUUUUAUAGAGACUGACUUGGUCACAGAGCUAGCACUCGAAACAGUAAUAGAAUAGAUGUUCGGGGGCUGAUAUAAUUGCUAUAGGUGACAUGGAGGGACAUUAGAGAAGGAGGGACCCCCCAACAUCUAUGUCUGACAAAAGAGAGGAUGAGAAGACCUAGAGGCACCCAGUUUGCUGGUGACAAGCACCCAAGAAUAUGGCUUCAUCUUUAGCCUCACCUCCCUUUCUCUGGCUGACCAUCGCCUUCUUCUCAGCACACCUGCUACAGUGUGAUGCUGGGGCUUCUGUUUCUCUUCCAGAGUCCCUGCUGUUCGUGUCUACGUUGGAUGGGAACCUCCAUGCUGUCAGCAAGCGGAGUGGGAAUGUGCUGUGGACUCUGAAAGAUGAUCCGGUUAUUCAAGUUCCACUGUAUGUGUCAGAGCCAGCAUUUCUGCCGGACCCCAGUGAUGGCAGCUUGUACAUCCUAGGAGGGAGAAACAAGGAAGGACUCAUGAAAUUACCAUUCACUAUCCAAGAGUUAGUCCAGUCUUCUCCCUGCCGCAGCUCCGAUGGAAUCUUAUAUACAGGGAAAAAGCAAGAUGCAUGGUUUGUUGUGGAUCCCAACUCAGGAGAGAAGCAGACAACUCUGUCCACAGAGUCUUCUGAAGGCCUGUGUCCAUCUUCCCCUCUUCUGUACAUUGGACGCACACAGUACAUGAUCACAAUGUAUGACACAAAGUCUCGAGAGCUGCGCUGGAAUGCCACUUUCCACGACUACUCUGCCCCGAUGUGUGACGAAUCAUACGACUACAAGAUGGCUCACUUCACCUCAACUGGGGACGGACAGCUGGUUACAGCUGACCGGGACAGUGGGGAGGUGCUGUGGAUGCAGAAUUAUGGCUCGCCCGUCGUUGGACUCUUUAUGUGGCACCAGGACAGCCUGCGGCGUAUCCCACAUCUUAAUGUGGCCUCAGAAACCCUUCGCUACCUGACCUUUCAUUCCCAUGACAUCCGUCUCAUUAAAUGGAACUACCAAGCGGUGCAGCAGCUGAGCAGCACCAAAACCCAUCUGCUGCCAUCACUGUAUGUUGGGAAACACGUGACGGGAUUCUAUGCAACCAGUUCUAUGAUUCACGAGGGAGUCGCUCUUGUGCCCCGUGGUAUCACUCUAGCCCGGGUGGAUGGACCCACGACUCAGGAUGUCACACUGAAAGAAUCUACAAAGUUUGACGUGACAUCCAAUACAGAUGUCCGGUACCCGCAGGGUAGCGUAAUCUCAGCACACCAGUGGUUACUCAUAGGUCACCAUGAAUUACCACCUGUUGUUCAUACAACCAUGCUCCGGGCAUUCCCUGAGACCUUGCGGAGGGACACGGAGACAAUUAUCAGAGGAUCUACACCAAGAACACUCUUUGAUGAUUUUCUGACUCCUCAGAAUCAGGAUGGGCUCUCUCAAGGGGAUACAGAGAGACGUAUAAAGGUGGAUACAAACAAGGAAGAAAUGAACAUGGUACCUAUCGACUCUUCAGUUAUGAAUGUUCUCCUUGGGAUCAUCUUCACCCUGCUCUUGGGAGGCUGGGUCCUUUUUGCAUUCACCUAUCCCAAGAUGCAGGAGCAGCAGCGUCGGCAGCAGCAAGAGUUGCAGAAAGAACUGGAAAAGAAACUGCAGCUUUUUCAGAACCAGCAGAACCUGGCGCCAGAGGUUCCACCAUCUCCGAGGAAUUCUAGUUCAGCCCAGACAUUGUUUUUUUCAGAAGAUCAGGACAGUCAUCGGAGCAGUGGCAGCAGGUCAAGUGGGAAGCUGGAUGAAGUACAAGCUAACGGCACCAGAAAACUAAGGAAAGAGAGUGUGGAGUCAGAAGCCAGUGAUGCUGAUGAGAUCCGAGUGGGGAAAAUCUCCUUUUCCCCUAAAGAUGUUUUGGGUCAUGGUGCUGGUGGGACCUGUGUAUUUCGAGGCACAUUUGAUGACAGAGCAGUGGCAGUGAAGAGGAUUCUGUCGGAGAGCUUCAUACUUGCAGACCGAGAGGUUCAGUUGCUGCGGGAAUCUGACGAGCACCCAAAUGUUAUUCGCUACUAUUGCACUGAUAGUGACAAACUAUUCUGUUAUAUUGCACUGGAGCUGUGUGCGGCCACCCUGCAGGAGUACAUAAAGAACCCCGAAUUCCAUCGAUCUGGCCUAGAUUCGGUAACGCUUCUGCAUCAGACCAUGUCUGGACUCGCCCACUUACACUCCCUUAAUAUUGUGCACAGAGACCUCAAGCCAUGCAACAUCCUCAUCUCCUACCCCAGUGCCCACGGCAAGGUGCGAGCACUUAUCUCAGACUUUGGCCUGUGCAAGAAGCUGAGUGUUGGACGGAACAGUUUCAGCCUGCGCUCUGGUAUCCCCGGCACGGAGGGAUGGAUCGCUCCAGAAGUCCUGCGGGACAGACCCAAGCAAAACCCAACAGCGGCAGUGGACAUAUUCUCAGCAGGGUGUGUGUUUUACUAUGUCCUUUCCAAGGGACAGCAUCCAUUUGGGGAUAAUUUGAGAAGGCAGAGCAAUAUCCUGAGUGGAUCUUACAGCCUUCCUAAACUCCAGGACGAUACACAUGAGAAUGUGGUGGCACGUCGCCUGGUUGAAAUGAUGAUCAACAGUGACCCUUUGCUGCGACCCUCUUCCCAGAAUGUCCUCAUACAUCCAUUCUUUUGGACACCAGCAAAGCGCUUACAAUUCUUUCAGGAUGUAAGCGACCGCAUUGAGAAGGAACCCGUGGAGAGCCCUAUUGUGGUCGCCCUGGAGUCAGAUGCUCGUCCUGUUGUCCGAGUAAAUUGGCGUUUGCACAUAUCUGUCCCACUCCAGACAGAUCUCAGAAAAUUCAGGUCCUACAGAGGAAAUUCUGUGAGGGAUCUUCUCAGAGCCAUGAGGAACAAGAAACACCAUUACCAUGAGCUGCCGGCUGAUGUCCGAGAAACCCUGGGUUCCAUCCCUGAUGAAUUUGUGUCAUAUUUCACUUCCCGGUUCCCACAUUUGCUUCUCCAUACAUACCAAGCCAUGAAGAAGUGCUCCCCCGAGAGGCAGUUCCAGACCUACUAUCACUGGGUGCAAAGUUCCUGAGACUUUCUGAUGUCUCUGAUGUUCUUGAGGGUUCCAAGCCUAAAAUUGCCUGUGAUAGCAAAUUGCUGCUUGGGGGCAAAGCAAUGAAGAUUGCACUCUUAUCAUUUAAUGGUUGCCCUGUAUAUAGAACUUUUUUGGAUUUUGAAGAAAAAAAAAACAAAUCUGCACUUCUCUGAGGGGUUUUGGGCUUUUAUAAGAUGUUUUUAAGUAUAUAUAUUUUUAUUUACUGUUGGGUGAAGGACCCUAAAACCAUUAAUGACCACUUAUGACCAUGCGUUGGCCGUGUUACCAAACAUUCCGUCAGUCUGGCAGCAACAAAGCGGCAUGGUACUGCUGAGAGAAAAGAAUUGGCAGGGUUAAAAUAAAGGUUUUUUUAUUUAUUUUUUUAUAAUGAGAUUAUUGUUGCACAAACAUUUUAUUCAAUUAAAAAACACAUGACUUUU